GUUCUAUUCUACCUUUUUACAUUGUUUCGAUCCCUUUUAUCAUAGCUUUCAUUUAUUUGUCAUACAUAAAUGCAAUAGGGACUUCAGAAAGCCAACCGGUUUAAAAUUUAGAAUAUAUAGGGCAACAAUAGUAUUUAUUUAUCAAAGCAAGAUACCAUACACAUAUAUACACAUAUAUACGAAGUUUAGUAUGGGUGGGAAUGUUAAAGUUGUUGUACGGUGUCGACCAAUGAAUGCAAGAGAAAAAGCAAGAGGGGCAACAUGUAUUGUACGUAUGGAAGGGAAUAAAACUAUUAUCAUGAAUCACAAGAAACUAGUAACGAAUUUGCAUCAAAAAAACAAAUUUUAUAAAGAGGAAGAAGACAACGAAAAGAUAUUCACAUUCGAUAGAUCUUACUGGUCUGUAGAUAAAUCUGAUUCUUAUUAUGCAGACCAAGGAUUAAUCUAUGAUGAUCUCGGAAAGGAACUUUUAGAUCAUGCAUUUGAUGGCUACAAUUGUUGUAUUUUCGCAUAUGGCCAAACAGGUUCUGGUAAAUCAUAUUCAAUGAUAGGUUAUGGAGAAGAUAAAGGGAUUAUUCCGCGCACAUGCUUAGAAUUAUUCGAAAGAAUAUCAUAUCUUACAGAUGAUACAGUCAAAUUUCAAGUCGAAGUAUCUUAUAUUGAGAUUUACAAUGAGAGAGUACGUGAUUUAUUAAAUCCAGGUAAUAAAGGGAAUUUAAAAGUAAGAGAGCAUCCAACUAUCGGUCCCUAUGUUGAAGAUCUUUCUCGUCUUGUUGUUACUUCAUAUGAAGAUGUAGACCAUUUAAUGAAUGAGGGAAAUAAAGCUAGAACUGUGGCAGUUACUAAUAUGAAUGAAACAUCAUCUCGUUCUCAUGCAGUAUUCACAUUAUUUCUAACAUCAAGUAGACUUGAUCCAUUUGCUGAUAAUGUAACUGAAAAAGCUUCUCGUAUUAGUUUAGUUGAUUUAGCAGGAAGUGAAAGAGCAAAUAGCACUGGUGCAACAGGAAUUAGACUCAAAGAAGGCGCCAACAUAAAUAAAUCACUUACUACUUUAGGAAAAGUAAUCUCAGCUCUAGCAGAGCAGUCCUCCCAGCCUAUAUCAAAACGAUCAUCCACAUCUAGUAACAAUACUUUUAUACCCUAUCGUGACUCGGUCCUCACAUGGCUCUUGAAGGACUCCCUAGGUGGUAAUUCAAAAACAGCAAUGAUAGCUACUAUUUCACCUGCUGACUAUGAUGAAACAUUAAGUACUUUACGUUAUGCUGAUCAAGCAAAACGUAUAAAAAAUAAACCAGUUGUUAAUGAGGAUCCUAAUGCACGAAUUAUACGUGAACUGAAAGAGGAGCUUCAGGCUCUUCGUGAUACCUUAAUGAUUUAUGCUCCUGAAGAAGUUGAAAAGAUUAUUCAACAAAGAAAGUUAGGUAGUCGACCAAAUAGUCACUCUUCAUCUAAUACUAGAGGAGCAAGUACAGUAUCGCCUAUGUUGCUUCUUUCACCAGUAUCACCUAUUGCAACACAGAGAGGUAAUAGUCUGUUGACAAAAGAACAAGUGAUAGAGCAAUUACAAUCUUCCGAAAAGCUUCUCUUAGAAGUUAAUCAAACUUGGGAAGAAAAAAUGAAAAAGACUGAAGAAAUCCAUCGGAAGCGUGAAAAGACCUUAAAAGAAUUAGGCAUUAUUGUUGACAAAAAGAGUAUGGGUGUCUUUGCACCUCAAUCAAUUCAUAUCAUUAACUUAAACGAAGACCCAUUAAUGACAGAAUGCCUAAUGUAUCAUAUCAAGCCGGGUAUCACUUAUGUGGGUAGACUGGAAAGUGAUAUAGCUUCUGAUAUACGUUUAAGUGGUCCUGAAAUAAUGGAUAAUCAUUGCUACUUUGAAAAUAUAUCAUCCAUGAAAAAUACGAAUAAGUUAUCUAUUGAAGAAAACUAUAAUCAUAAUACAAAUACAGUCAUUAUAUAUCCUAGAAAGGAUUCAGUUACACUUGUAAAUGGUGUACAAAUUUUUCAACCAAAAAUAUUGCAUAGCGGAUAUAGGAUAAUUUUUGGCUCAGGAUUACAUCACUUAUUUCGUUUCAAUAACCCAGACGAGGUACGUAGGGAACGGGAGCAAUUGCUACAGCAAUGUGUAGCAUCGCCAUAUAGUAUGAUUACAGUAAAGGAAAACAAAAAUAAUUUUUUGAAAACGCCAAUUACUGCUUCUGCUGUAACUAAUAGUAUCAGUCAAUCACUUGAUUCUCCAAAUAUUGUUGAUUGGAGUUUUGCACACAAUGAGGCUCUAAAGAAGUACGGAAAAGCAGCAGUAGAAGGAAAAACAGAUUUCGAAUAUAUGAUGGAUAAAAAUUUAAAACAGUUAUCAGAAGUGUCUACUAUAUCGCCUAGAACUUCUAUUAGUUUUUUGAGUAAUAAACACUUCAACACCCUUUCUUCUGUACCUACUGUGUUUACAGAAAUAGAUAGAAAUGAGAAUGAAUAUACUAAAGAAGAUGAAACUUAUGAACGAGAUUAUAAAAACACUUCACGAAUUUCCAAAGAAGAGAAAGAACAACUUGUUAAGGACUCAAUUCAAGAAAUUCAGCACCAACUGGAAGUUCAAAAACAAGAAUACGAAAAAAAGUUAAAACUUGUUGAAUUUUCCCAUAUGAAAACAGACGAACUUAAUAGAGAAAAGGAAGAGCUUGCGACUAAAUAUACUCAAAUAAAGCAAGAGAUGGAGAAAUCAUUAGAAAAACAAAAACUAGAGUAUGAAUCCAAAAUUAAACGAAUCUCAGCUCAUUUACCACCUGGCACAGCUCUAAGCACAGAUAAUCUUUUUGUUGGACAUACUUCUAAAAAUGCUGCAGAAACACUUAUGCGCAUUACGAUUAAUAAAUGGCGUCAGCUAAGAUAUGUGAAAAUGGCUGAAGAUUGUCUUGUCUUUGCCAUUAUUUUAAAAGAGGCAAAUAUUAUGGCCAAAGAGCUAAGUAAAAAUGUAAUAUACCAAUUUGUCAUUGUGCAUGACAAUAUGUCAGUUAAUUCACUAUCAUUUUGGGAGUCAGCAUCUACUUUACAACCAUUUAUAAAAGAUCCAGACACAUAUUUAAUGAAGGAGACAAAACCUUGUUUGGCGAUUCAAGUCAUAGAUCAUAUUCAUCGAACUACUUAUAUUUGGUCUAUUUUAAAGCUCAAGCAGCGUUUAAGACGUAUGCGUCGACUUUAUGAUUAUAGUGAUAGUCCACAUUCUACAACCCAGUACUUUAAUCAUGAAGAUCCCUUUUAUGAAACACCAUGUCCUCAAUUUUCCUUAAUAGGAUUGGCACGUAUACCAUUACAGAAUUUAACUUUACAGUUGCAUACAGAUAAUUGUGUAGAUGUUUACUGUAGAAAUUCUGGUAAGGUGAUGGGUCAGAUUCGUGUUCUUGUUACACCCAUUGCUCGUUCGAUAUCAAGAAGGCACAAACAAGAGCCUUUAAGCUCAUCACAAAAAUAUCUUCCUCAGAAGAAAAUAACUUCUAUUUUUUUAUCUCAAGAAGAUCAACAAUAUGUAUUAGAUAAAAAAGAUUUGUUACAUAUAGGACAACAACAAGUGUUUGAAAUACGAAUUCAAGAACUUAGAGGUGUCUCUGAAAAUGAAUUUACACAGGUUCAUGCUCAGUUUAGAUUAUCUUCAUUUGGAAAUGUUGAGCGUUAUUCGGCUGCAGAUAAAAUAUAUCAAACAGAUCUUAUAAGCAAUUUUGGUAACAGUCCUAUCAUAUUCAAUCAAUGUCAAACUCUAUCUAUUAAUAUAACAGAAAAUAUGAUGAAAGUUAUUUUAAAUCAGGGGCUUACAGUUGAAGUUUAUGGGCAGGCUCAGGAAAAGUUUUUGUUAGGACUAGUAGAACAUGUAAAUGAAUAUGACAGUAAAUACAAUUCUAUAUUAUCCACUGAGAAACCUGAGCCAUUGAAAAAGACGGUAUUAGUAUCUAAAAUAGGGAAACACAUGUUAACAAGUCGACGACUAUUCAUUGAUGAGCAAAGAGCUAUAAAACGUAAAACAUACGACGAUAUUCCUAUGGAAGAACGACAUGAUAUCUUGUCUUUGGUACAAGUCUGUGAAUUAAAUUCAGAUGGAGAGUAUGUACCUGUCAAAGUUGUUCGUAUUAAAAUCAAUGAUACUCAUCAUCAUAUAAAACAUUACCAGGAUAUAUUUUGCUUAAGACAGGGAUUACAGAGACGUAUUUUAAUAACUUUAUCGCAUGAUUCUGGUAAGCAGUUUAAAUGGUGUCAAAUUAGAGAGGUCAAUGUUAGUAAUAUCAGAUUGCUUGACAAUAAAGGAGAGCUUAUUGAAACGCAAUUACAUUCAGCUCAACUUGUUAAAGUUCAUUUGUUUCCUGAGCGCAAGGACAUGUCACUUGCCCAUAAUGGAAUAUCUCGUAUGGUUGCUGAAGGGUCUUGGGAUAGCUCACUACAUGAUUCUGUUAUAUUAAAUCGUAUCACUCCGUCAAAUCAAUAUGUUCGAUUGACACUUUCAUGGCAAGUGAUAUGUGAAAAGUGUACAACACCACUACAAUUUCAUAUGAAUAUCUCUGUACAAAUAAAUGGUCGUGAUGCCACUAUACCUUCAUCUUCUUCUUCAAUAAGACAAUUUUUGCUUGGAGGCGACAAUGACAAAUUAAAUGGCACCACAAGCAAAAAAAAGUUUGUGCACAAAGUAAGUGGUUUUUUUACUGUUCAGUUAAAGCCUCCGCUUACACGGCAAGUUCGAGAACUAUGGCGAUUAAAUACAGCUAAUAAAUAUGUUCGUGGAGAAGAAUUUAUAGGUUCUUGGAAACCACGCGGUGUAUCACUUAUAACUGACUAUAGAGAAGCACGGCGUAAAAUGCUGUAUAGAGAAAGUGUAACAGCAACUAGACAUUCUUUGGUAUUAGCGGGACAUCCACAAACAAAAGCAAUUCAACAGGGGAAUUAUAACUCAUCUCAGUUAGUCGAACAAUCUGCACUUGAAGAUAAAAAAAAAAACCCAGAAGCAAUACUAAGAAAAGUAAUUGGUUUAUGGAGAACUCAAUUUGGGACAAGAGAAAAUAUUGUGUUUAGUCAAGAUCCACCCGUCGUCACAUCUUUAAAUAGUUCCUCAAGUAACAAUAGUAUAAACAAUACUUUUUUAAGUAAUCAACAAUGCAGACCAAAACUUACUGCUUAUAUUCAACAACUAUAUCCGAGUGAUACAGUGACCAAGAAAGGUUUCUUAAUAUAUUUAGAAAAUGUAAACGGUAAAUGGUUAAAAUAUUGGUUUGUUCUUCGAAGGUUAGUCUUAUAACAUCGUACAAUAUGAAAAAUUAUAACAAAAUAAUACUAUAAUUAGGCCAUUUAUUAUAAUAUAUGAAGAUCAAUCCGAAGUAGAAGUAAUUGGUGCAUUAAAUCUUACGUCAGCUAUAGUAGAUUAUAAAUCUGAUCUUGAAGAAAUACUCCAGAGAAAUUAUACUUUUGCCAUU